AUGUACGGUAAUGCUCUGGCGCGUUGUGUAACAGGUCAACUCGGCAGGGGGCUGGAGAUGGGCUCGAGCGUGGGCUCGACGAGCCUGAUCCCACCGAAAGUGCUGGUGCAGCACAACGGCGAGGAGCACACCAUUGACGGGGUGCGCUUCGUUUUCCAGGUGGUGCCUGGCACAGAGGCACCAGCCGAGAUGAACUUUCAUCUACCCGAUAUCCGGGCACUGUAUAUACCGGAGACGGUGACAAACUGCAUGCAUAAUAUUGUGACGCUACGAGGAGCGCAGGUGCGUGAUGCCAAGGCGUGGUCAGGAUAUCUGGACGAGGCAAUCGUCCUGUUUGGGCGGGGCUCAGAUGUAUUGUUUGGGAGUCAUAAUUGGCCGACACGGGGAACGAAGGAGCUGGUGACUCGACUGGCGGAGCAGAGAGAUCUCUAUGGGUAUUUGCAUGAUCAGACCGUGAGGAUGAUGAAUUCGGGUAUGACGGGGAUUGAGAUCGCGGAGACAAUGCAGCUGCCGCCGGCGAUUGCGAGAGCGUGGCAUUGGCAUUGUCAGGGGUUUUAUGGGUCGUUGAGCCAUAAUGUCAAGGGCAUUUACCAGAAGUAUAUGACUUCGUUCGAUGGCCGCCCCGAGCAUCUGUGGCAGUACCCGCCCACUGAGGAGGGCCAGCGUUACGUCGAAUGUUUCGGCGGCACGUUUAUCAAGAAAGGAAAUAAUUGCUUUGCAGCAACGUUAUUGGCGCACGCUGUCGCUUCAGAUGCCAACCCAGAGAACAAACGGGCGAAACUGCUUCUUGCUUCGGCCUACGAGGCUCUCGGGUUUGGAGCCGAGAAUGCAACAUGGCGCAACUUUUAUCUCACAAAUGCGCAGGAACUGCGGACUGGUACGAAACCAGGCAUGGCUGCGGGUGGACGAACACCGUUGGGCGAGAAGUUGAGUAUCGAUCAAUGGUUCGAGAUCAUGUCUGUGCAACUUGAUGGAGAGAAGGCUGCCGAGUCCUUCUUUACUAUUGAUUUCGAUGUCACUGAUCUGAACCAAAAGUGGAGGUUGAUCAUCCAAGAUGCGGAGGAAAACCCUCCAGACUUCAAGAUGGUCCUCACAAGGCUGCAGCUUCUUGAGGUCAUUCGCGGCAACAAGAUUGAAGCCCCGACUAAAGGCAAGAUUGAGGUGUUAGAGCAAUUAUUGGAUUUGAUUCUGGUGCAACAAGGAUCCGUACGCGGGCCAAGCCAGAUAUAA